AAUUUCAUUUCACGUUUUGCCGUCGCUUCGAAAGGUCGUCGGUUUACACAGUGGUAACUUUUGUCGAGUUCGAGUCGAUGUUUUAUCGAGGUUCUGAAGUAGUUUUAUAGGAAGUGAUACAUCCCAAUCGUGAGAUUACCGUUGGUUUUUCUCCACUAUAUCGACUUAACAAACUUACAAUAAAUCUCAAGAAAAAAAAUACAAAAUCAGUGAACCACAGCGAGUGAGAGACCCUUCAAGGGCAAGGCAUUAAAUUCGAAAACCGUCUAAUUGAUUGCUUUGUCAAUAAGCUAGGGCGUACAGAUUGCCAUUUGUCCCUUCUGGCUUUGAUCCGGAAAAUAGAAAAAAAAAACCUAUCAUCGAAUUAGCAACAAUAAUAGAUUCACUUCAAGAGUUCGCAAGGGAAGUCCGGAAGACGAAAUAGGAAACCGCAUGCCCUCCAAUCCGGUCAGAAGAAGAUACCUUAAGAGAGUGAAAUAGUGAGAGUGAAUCAGGAAAGGGCCCGGUGACAAAAUCCCCAGGUAGAGGAAACGAUGAUGACAACGGCGACGACGGCGAUGAUGAUGGACUGGGACAUUGACAUCUUCAACCUGGACAUCGACGAGCACGCCCUGGACUACAACAUCAGGUCCAUCAUAUCCGACGACUCCAUUUUCAGCACGUUGCUCCAAUCGACGGGCAACAUUACCGACAAUGAGCAAACAUCCUUCUCUUCUGCGUCGUCCUCGAGUUCGUCCUCAUCAUGCGAGUCGGAAUCCACAUCAUCGCAACCCAUUAUAUCACCACAACUGGAUUCACUUCUGCAGCUUCAUCCGUCAACAAUGAUGACGACGACAACGACGGUCCUGAAACCGCACAAAUGCACGUCAGCCGGAGCACCGGAUGGUGAUAAGUUGAACGAGGAGCACGAUUCAGGAAACUCCGACGGCUCGUCUUCGCUGGAUUCGGAGGAAUCAUUUUCCGAGGCCAUCCCCUCGGAGGAAUCAACCAACGGUAGUGACGCGGAAAACGAUGUGCCCGAGUUCCGCCCCCACAAGUGCGCCGAGUGUGGCAAGAGCUACACCCGGAAGCUGUAUCUGAUGCGUCACUACGUCCAGCAUACCCGGGAGCGGCCCUAUCAGUGUGAAGUGUGCAGCAAAAGCUUUGCCUACGCCAGUUCGCUGUCAUCGCACCGGAAGCUACAUUUGGCCAGCGGUGACCAUCGGUGUGACCUCUGUAGCAAGAGCUUCAUGACGGAGGACCUUUUGGCGGCACACAAAACGGCCGUCCACUACGGGGAACGACCCUACAAGUGUAAGCAGUGCAAGAAAACGUUCGUUCUACUGCACGCGUACAAAAGUCACAAAAAGUGGCACCUGCAGUUCAGUCCGUACAAGUGUUCGAUCUGUGAUAGAGAGUUCAUGAAGAAAAUCAGUUUAAAGUGUCACCUUCGAGUUCACACCGGGGAAAAGCCCUUUUCGUGCGAUAUUUGCAACAAAAGUUUUACACUUUCGUCCACGCUGUCCUCGCACAAGAAGCUUCACGGUGAAAAACCAGCAUUGCAGUGUGAAACUUGCGGUAGGAUUUUCACCCAGGCCAGUGCACUGUCAACGCACAAACAUCUGCACACGGAAACGAGGCCGCACAGUUGUGACCUUUGCGGGAAAAGAUUUAUCCGGCUGCACGCACUCAAGAUUCACAUUCGGACGCACUCGAACGAACGGCCGCAUCGAUGUGAGCUUUGUCCGAAAACGUUCCUCGAGAAGCAUGUGCUUAUAAGACAUCUCAAGACGCACACCGACGAGCGCCCGUACAGCUGCGACACCUGUGGCAAGGCAUUCAAGGAAAAGUAUGACCUCUUCCGGCACGUCCUGAUCCACUCCGGCCUGAGGCCCCACAAGUGCGACGUGUGUGCGAAAACUUUUGUGCAAUCCAACGCCUUGACCAAGCACCGGAGAAGACACAAUGCUGAUGACGACGACGUUGGCUCCGAGAAGAAGAAAACGUCUGGCAGCCCAAGGAGUUCAGCUCUCAAGACGACAACGAUAGUUUCUAGUCCAAGCACUAUGACGACGACGAUGAUGAUGAUACCGGCUGAGAAAGUCUAGUCCAAGAUCGAAGAAGGUGUUAUGAUUACACUCGAUUAUCAUACAUUUACAUGAGUAUAAGUGAGAUUUGAUAUCAAAGAAAAUAGUUGUACGGUUUUGCGAAAAUAAAUGAAGAUGUUGUGUUGGCAAA